AUGGAAGAGAAGGAUACAACAAGCCCUAAGACAACGCAAGAGCUAGCAAUGGAAGGCCAGAAGCAUCUAGAAGAAACCAUAGAGGCAGCUUUCCAGAUCCUCUCCUCCAUGAACGACGAGCUCUGCAACCCCACAUUGUGGUCCACCACUUCCUCUUUUUCAGCUGCUACGAACAUUGCAAAUGGUCCUGCUCCCCACUCAAAUGGUGUCAAUAAUGGCGAUUCAUCUUCUUCUGAGAACACGUCUACCCAUCACGGCGACUUAAUUGGUGCUGGUGGUUCUGGCACCGGAGGAGCUCUUGAAGAGGCUCGGCUUCGGUAUACGAACUCUGUGCGCUUACUCCGUGCUGUUCUCACUGCGAUUCCCAACUCUCAGAAGGCACCAUCUGAAACUAGUUCAACUGUAGUCAGUUCAGAAUCACCAGCAGGUGAAGCUGAAAUUGAGAAGUUAGAUGAGCGAGCCUCCAAUUUGAGAAAGGAGCUUGCAAACAAGAAUGUGUAUAUCAAGUUUCUUAUAGAUCAACUACGAGAUCUUAUUACUGACAUAUCAACAUGGCAAAGUCCUUGUUCCAUCUGA